UGCCUCCUCCCCCGGCCAACCCUUACUAGAUGACAGUCGUACCAUCCGGUGCUUCUCCUCCACUAUACCAGUCGGAUCCUAACGCGAACGACGCCCUGCCAGUAGUCCGGGCAGGCGACGUUCCUCCGAAGCGAUCGGCUCGACCUGGCUAUGUGGAACCAGCAGCGGGACGCUUAGACCGAUUCCUACGUAUCUUUCUUUCUCCGUGUGACCGAGGAUGAGCACCAUCGCGGCGGCUACCGGAUCGGCUUCUUGCCGCUUCGCCCACUACUUCGUCGUGUGUGGACUGGACCCGGAGACGGGCCUGGAGCCGGACGAUGGAGCAGGAGAGAGCUUUGAGCAGAGCCCCAUUCACCGCUCCUUCAAAUCUAGGGUUCUGGUCCACUACCCCGAGAGCACAGACAGGAACCCCUUCAAUAAGGAUGCAGUCAACACGCUCUGUAUGCCGAGGGGUCUUUCUUUCCGGACUCAGGCCGACCGCCUGGAGUCUCACUUCCACUCCUUCACCAUCGGAUUUGAGGACGGCUCGCGCUCCUACGGCUUUGUCCACACCUUUUACGAGGAGGUGACAGGUGCGCAGAUCAUCACAGCCAUGCAGACCCUUCACAGGAUGCACCACGUGGAGCAUCACUCCGCUUCCUCUUCUUCCGCCCCCUCGUCCGCUUCCUCUCCCUCCACUUCGAGCAUGGACUCGCUGGGGAGCAGCCUGGAUGAGUCUGACGGCGAGUCUCUAGCGGCCGGCAACGCCGCCGCCACCUGUCUGGGUUGCGCCGGCUCCUUCGACCCGUCUCAUGACACGCUGUACGUGUCCAAAGCCCUCUGCCUCCUCACGCCGCUCCCCUUCCUCGGAGCGUCUCGCCACUUCCUGUCUCAGCUUCACCAGGCCGUCGCCUCUCAAACGGCGCCACCUCUCCCGCUGGAAAGCUACAUUCACAACAUCCUCUAUGAGGUGCCCCUACCGCCGCCCGGCCGCUCGCUGAGGUUUCACGGCGUGCAGGGCCCCAUCUUGUGUCAACGGCCCGGCCCCGGUGAGCUUCCUCUCGGGGAGUAUCCUCUGAGGGAAGCCUUCUCCUUGCUUGGCGUGGACAACAUGGUGCAGCUGCUUACAUGCUCCCUCCUGGAGACGCAAAUCCUGCUCUACUCUCAAGACUACCAGCGCUUGAUGACAGUGGCGGAGGGCAUCACGACAUUGUUAUUCCCCUUCCAGUGGCAGCACAUCUACCUUCCCAUCAUUUCUACACCUUUACACCACCUCCUGGACGCUCCUGUACCUUUCCUAAUGGGCAUCCAACGCAGGGAUGGCGCUCAGCGAGCCUCCCUCCAACUGCCUCAUGAGGCCAACCUUUGCUUCGUGGACAUUGACAACCACUGCGUGGACCCUCCAGAGGGUCUCCCUCCCUUUCCGGACCAAGCUGAGCUAGUGCGGGAACUGAGCGACAUUCUGCAGCAUUUUGGGGUCCCCCUGCAGGGAAGUGCCCUCACAAAGCCCACCCCGGCCUCCCCUCAACUGAGCAGCCUAGUCCUGGAGGAUCUGAUGGAGGACAGAAGGAACGGGAACCUCAGGGGAGAAGAGCUGGAAGCGUUAGAGAGGCUGCAGGCUCUGGCUUGGAGGUGCGGAGGAGACAAGUUAUCAGGCCAAGAGAAGACGCUGGGGCGCGUAUUGGAGGAAGAAGAGAAGGCUUUGAGUGAUGCGAAGAUGAACAUUCAACUAAGGGAGGUGUUUGCCGGACGAUUCGCUACAAUGUUUGGCCGCUAUGAGGAGUUCGUCAUCCACAGUGCACACGAUUUAGAUUCCUGGAUGAGUAAUCGAGAGGGAACGUUCAACUUCGACAAGGGUGCCUUCCUCUCAGCUCAGCCUGUGACCCACUUGCAUUUCCUAUCCCGCUUCCUGGAGACGUCUAUGUUUUCAUCUUUUGCCGACGGCAAGGUGAUCUCUCGCUGGGCUGACCGCGAGCCACUGCAACAGCUCUUUGACAGCCGCCUGGAAAGGGAGCGACUCUACGACACGGACCAGGCCGAGUCUCCCGGGAGUCGCUACAGGAAAUGCUCCACGCUCUUUGAAUCAGCUCAGGCCAUCGAGCGCAGGCUGCUGAAGGCCGACCACACCGCCAUACACCCACACCUCCUGGACAUGAGGAUCGGCCAGGGUCGCCACCAGCCGGGCUACUUUCCCAAGCUGCAGGCAGAUGUCCUCAUACACUCCCAAAGCACCAAGCGGUCCAGUCGUGUCACAGCAUCACGCAGAUCCGAUUCCUGGAGGACAUCAGCAGAGCCUGAUGCUGAACAAAGACAGCAGAAGCACCCAUUGGUAAGAAAACACCUUAACCAUCUUAAAUUUCUGGACCUUUCGCCUCAAGUCAUCGCUCAGACGCACAGAGAGUUUGUUCAAGGGCUGCUGAACGAGUGUCGACUGAAGACCAAACGUAUGUUGAUGGAGAGGAUGGGGAAGGAGAAUGUGGACGUGGGUCAGGGGGAGGUCAAUAUCACCGGCCUGCAGGAGAACACUCUGAUUCACGGUCUGUGCGACCUACUGGAGAGAACCUGGGGCCACGGUCUGCAGAUGAAACAGGGAAAGUCAGCUCUGUGGUCGCAUCUGCUUCAUUACCAAGCGGCUUUAGAGAAAACAGAGGUGCCUGCUGAAUCUCCAGGCACAGAGCAGAGAACACAUGACGAUGGCGCUGUCCUUCAAAAAGGAUCCUUGGUACAAGAUAUGAGGUUUAUCCAGACGAUGAGUGAGGGAAUGUCUGAGGUGGCACAAGCCCGGGCCUGGAUCAGCUUGACCCUGGAGAAGAAGAUGCUCUCACAGCACCUUAAAGAGAUGCUUACAAACCAGGAGUUGCUUAGACAGCUAUACAAGCCUCACGCCUUCCUUCUCUGCGAGGAAGAAAGAGAACAGUUUCUAUUCCACCUUCUUUCUCUCAACACGGUGGACUACCUUUGCUUCACGCGCGCCUUUGCCUCCAUCAACAUUCCCUAUCGAGUCGCUAUCAUCCCCAUGAAGAAGCUGAGCAUCGCCAUGGCGACGGUCAACCCGUGGGUGUGUGUAUCUGGAGAAAUGGGAGAUUCUGGAGUGAGACAGAUCCCCAAGAAUAGCCAGGAGAUUUUUUUCCAGUGUAAGAACCUGGGCCGACUGAGUACUUUGCAGCUGGGACAGGAGAACUCGGGCCUGCUUGCCAAGUGUCUCAUCGACUGUGUGAUGGUCUACAAUGAGAUCACGGGACACACAUACAAAUUCCCUUGUGGCCGAUGGUUGGGGAAAGGCGUGGGCGACGGCAGCUUGGAACGAGUCCUCAUUGGGCAGUUGGUGUCACCUGGUGGCGAGGAGGAUUUUGGAAGAUGGACCGGGACGCCGCCGGAGUUAGCUUCGCCUUCCCAGAGCGUACGCGCUGUGCUGGGAUCCCUUGGAAACAGGACGAGAGUGCUGUCUGUUGAAGUCCAUGAAGACAUGAGGGAGGCAGCUAAUAAUCUCGUCAAGCACUUUCACAAACCUGAACAAGAGAGAGGCAACCUGACCAUGUUGCUAUGUGGCGAGGGAGGCCUGGUUCCCUCUUUGGAGAAGUUCCUCCUCCAUGGCUUCAAGUCCAGUCGUCUUUUCCAGAGAAAUGUGUUUGUUUGGGACUUUGUGGAAAAGGCUGUGGUUUCCAUGGAGACGUCCGACCAGCCGGGCCACCCUCCGGGCUCAAUGCUGAUAAAGGAGCCGCCUUGCGACUUACUGUGCCACUACGUCAACUCCAUCAGCGCUUCGCCACGAAACAUUGGCAAAGAGGGCAAAUUCCAGCUUUUGGUUUGCCUGGGAGUCAGGGACCGACUCCUUUCGCAGUGGCUUCCACUGUUGGCCGAGUGUCCCCUAACGUCGCGCACCUACGAGGAUGGCGCCUUGAUGCGCGACCGCACCGCUGUGCACUCUCUCUCUCGCAUCCUGCACACGCUCAACGAGUUCACCGUCACGCUGGAGACUUCGCUGGUCAAGGGCGUGGCCCUCUGACGUCCCCUAAAGGUGGUCACCCCUUCUGAACUCCUCAUUUGCUAUAAAAAUAUAUUAAAAAAGAUCCCCUGUGGACGGGAAAGAUGCCACGUGAGGUCCAAACCUGUUGCCCUGUAAAUGUCUUUACACACUGUACCUGCUUUGGGAUGUAGUCAGAUCCCCCUUGUGUGAUUACACUGUGGAGAAGAAAAAAGAAUAUGUGGACAAAAUUCAUCAAUUCCAACUUCACAUGGACAGACGGUCAGUGUUUAUUUUUUGUACCUCACAUCGGGUGCACGCUCAGAAAAAAAGCGCAUAGUUGUUUCUUGUCAUAUGGCUGAUACCCUUGAAAAGACUACUUUUGUUCCUCUGACGCUUUACCUUUACAAUUUCGGCACAAACCUCACCUGAAAAAUUCGAGGCCUGUAAUAGUCAAGUGUCAAGGGGACAAGAAAUUAACUGGGUAACACAAGACAGGUGACAAUUGUUACUGUUACGGUGACAAUAUGGUGGAAAACUUCAUUUAUCUCAGUGGUUCAAUUGAGGAAAUGAAACGCGUAGAAAAAUAUUGUGUGGCGUGUUACAUCGGCGAGUCUGCAUAUGAGUGCCAGAGCGUGAGUUGUGCUCGACAGCAGCUGUUCUGUUUUACAAUUCUCUCUGUGUU